GCGAGAGUACAUAAACCCUGCUAGCUCAAACAGUAGUCAGUCCUGAGUGCACACUCUCGGCUCACUUGUUCUCCAUCACCCAGGACAAUCAUGUUGCGCUUCGCGGCCCUUGGGCUCCUCCUCGCUUCGGCGGUGACUUUAAGCAGCUCUGUUGUUGUUCUGGAAAAUGGCCAGCCGAACCUUUGGUCUCAAACCGCCAGCCAAGUGACUGAACUACCUACGCAAGAUGGGAUUCUGACUCCCAAUCCUUGGAAUUACCUAAACCGUCAGAGUUUAUAUCGUCUGAUGAUUGCAGGUACAGACCCUUACCUGACCUACAUGGGGACAACCCAGACUGAGAAUCCCUUUUGGGGGCUGGCACUGCAGCUUGGAUGGAUGCAAACCUCAGGUCGCCUUGCCGACCCAUCCGGUUCAACAACCUGUGGUCUACAAACAGGAGACGCCAUGUGUAUUUCACCCGAGAGUUUUUGGGGCUGUAUGAACUACUUCACAUCAACGCUCCCCUUCCUGUCUGCUGCACAACAGGGUUUUCUGGGAGAAAACAUUCAGCUCAAGCUGCAGGUGCCUGCAGGUGUAGAGGGCUUUUGUACUACCUACACUGAAUGUUCAGCUAGCUACUCUAAUGCCAUGACCAAGUGGGAUGCUUUUUUCCAGGCUCUUAAGCCAACAUCUGAGUCAACUCUACCUGACAACGAGAAGAAAGACUCCAUCCUUGGUCUCUACUGGACAGCUCAAAUGGCUACGACUUACUCCUCUUCAACAUGCAGUGUCAAGAAGAGCCACUACUCCGCUGAGGAGCAGUCAUUUGCAGACAGCUGGUUGGACUCUGCAGAGUAUGUUGCGGCAGCUCAUUUCCACUCUAACCUGGAAAAGUCUGUGCUGUUCCUGAAUCCUCUGCCAAGCCGAAUUUUAAGGGCGGGGGAUGCAUCUCCAAACAUUGCUGAUCUGACUGAAGAGGAGAACUACUCACUGACCAUUUUCUCCUGGAUGAAAAACAUCAAUACCAUUCUUGGUGGAUCAAUGGUUCGCAUGUGGAAAGGGGCGAUGUGUUCGGUGACUACCAGAGAGAAAGGCAAAGAGCUGUUGGAGCAACUUCUAACAAAUCCCAGCUUCCCCACAGCCACUUUCCUGUCCUUCAUCACAGAGAUGACUACCGCCUGCUGAGAUGAACACAUAAAUACAAAAUCAGGAAAAACUGACAUCAAUAUGAUCACAGUCCCUUUAGCGCCUAAAAUUUUGUUUUUUUUCAUGAAAUCAGGAGGAAAACCUUCACUACAGGAUGUUGAUCUGCUCUGGAUCAGAGCAGAUGUUCUUUGUGUAAGCCGUGUCAAUUUAUGUAAACCCUUAAAACAUAAACAAGUGAAUACUUUG